GUGAUGGACUGACCUCAGCUCUCCUGAGCACUUGUGUCCCAUACGUUCCAUAUGAUCAGGUACAAGCUGACCCGCAAAAGUUUCGUCGCCAAUCCAGGCACGGGUGACCAUAUGGAAAUGACGAUCCUCCGGACACGGCGCCCAGAAAUUGCAUUAUUCGGCAGGAGCAAAACAGUCUUAAGAUCGGAGAGUUUGAUCUCCUUGCUGUUCGCAACUUUCUCCUCAUCGUCUCCUAUCGCUUCCUUUCCUUGUUGGCAACGAUCUGAAAGGCUGGUUCCUUUUAGAUAAAGUCGUUCUCUUCCGCCAAAAGCUUCUUCUCUCAGACAGUCGCUCGAAGCGCUAGCUCAACCAUGAAGCUGAACUCAGCCAUCUUUGUCUUGGCCUUGACGGCUGGGCCCGCCUUCUCGGUUCCUUUCGAGGCUGGACUCUCGAAUCGCGCCAAGAUCAACUCGACUGGCUCGGGCAAUACCAGCGUCAGCCACCAUCAUGUGGGAACCACCGUCAAAGACGGCAACAAUAACGCAACGGACAUUCAGAACGGUAGCAAGAAUGCCACCCUGGCUGGUGGCAGAAACUCGACCUACCACCACACCGGCAAUACCACCCUCGCCAGUACCAUCAACAGCACCAUGGCCACAGUCAACAGCACCAUCGGCGCGGUCAAUGGUUCCGUGGGCAACAACAAGACCAGUAGCAAGGUUACUUCCAGUGACGGUAAGAAUAGCACCGCUCCUUCCUGGGCCAUCAGCACGUGCAAGGCCCUGGGUAGCAAGAUCUGCAGCUUUGUUGAUGGCGUCCCCAAGCUCAACGUCCAGCAGAAGCAGCAGAGCAAGCGUGAUGGCUCGCCCGCUGUCAACGGCACAGGUACGCCAAAUCAGAGCAAUACGACGACGGGCGUUGAUGGCAACCCCAAUGACUCCUACUCCGUCGUUCUGGACCCAACCUAUGUCGCAACCGGCCUGUGCAACCCUUCGGUGUUCAUGGACCUAAUGUGGAACUUGUCUUGCCCCGUUGGGAACAAUCAGCUGUCCUGCGGUGGGUACAAGACGUGGGACUGCCAGUAUCACGAAGACCGCACCGGCGACAUCCUACCCGCUGCAGAUCUCAACGUGACGCCGCGCAAGCAGGUCAAGCAGUGCACGAUGCGCUACCAGGCGUUCUUUGACAGCAACAGUCCCUACCAGGGCGUACAGAACCACACCCUCGCCGACUUCAUCAAGCGCAGCACGGUCAAGAUGUACCAGGCGCUCAUGGACCAGGACGGCGGCACGAUCCACGGCCAGCUGUACCCCAAGGACGAGGAGGGACCCGGCGAGCAGAACCUGCCGGAUGUCGACACGUACAAGGUGCCCUCUCGUAUGCUCGUCUUCGGUACCCAAGGACACCAGGACACAGCGCAGGACGGCGGUCACUUCCUCCAGGUCAUAACCGAAAUUGACUGUCCGGCGCCCAACGACUCGCUGUCCUGCUCCAAGCUGGCCGGCAUCUCGUCGGCGUUCCUCGGCAUCCUGGGCGCCAUGGUACCUGCCAUUGCUGCACCUCUGUCCAUCGGAAGCAGUGUCACGAGCAUCGCUGCCAACGCUGCCUGCCCUUCUUAAUUCAAACCUUCUCCUCCCCCCCCAUUCAUCUGUGCUAGUCUUACCGUAUGCCUGUCGCUGU